AUGUCUGCUAACGAUUUCUACAACUCGGGCCCACAAGGCUUUUACAACAAUAAUCAAGGCCGAGGCCAAUACGACAACCAAAACGGAAACCAAUACGGAAACCAAUACGGCAACCAAUAUGGGGAGCAAAGUGACCGCGGCCUUUUUGGACACCAUGAUCAUCACCAUCACCAAAAUGACCACCACGACAGAGAAAGAGGUCUUUUAGCUACUGUCGGCGGUGCCGCUGCCGGUGGUUACGCUGGCAACAAAAUGAGCGGUGGGAGCACACUUGGAAAGGUUGUUGGUGCUGUUGGUGGCGCUAUUAUCGCCAAUAAACUUGAACAUAAGUGGGAAGACCAUCACCACCACAACGAAGGCUAUCAAGGCGGUUACCAAGGUAGUUAUCAGGGAGGCUACCAAGGUGGAUACGAUCAAGGUUACAACAACAAUCGUUGGUAA